AUGCCAUCCGCAACAGGUCCCAACAAACGUGUCAGGGGCGUUUCGGUGUUUAGGCCUUUCGUUUUCGGCAGCGAAGCGCAACCCUUCGACCCAGCGAACAAACCCGCACACGUCCCCGCAGACCACACCCAUCAAUGGCGCGUCUACGUCAAAGGUGUCAACGACGAAGAUAUAUCCUACUGGCUGAAAAAGGUCCAGUUUAAGCUACACGAGACAUACGCGCAGAACGUCCGAACCGUCGAGCAGGCGCCUUUCGAGAUACUAGAGACCGGGUGGGGAGAGUUCGAGAUCCAGAUCAAACUUUAUUUCAUCCCGGAGUCGACAGAGAAGCCUCAGACGCUGUGGCAUAGUCUGAAACUUCAUCCGUAUGGUCAUGAUGCGGACGGGAAGAAGGAGAGACGGGAGGUUGUGGUUAGUCAGAACUACGAGGAGGUCAUUUUCAAUGAGCCGGUGGAGCAGUUUUAUGACUUGCUCACGGGGGGUUCGAUAAAUGGGCAGCCGCAGAAGGGUAAAGGGGGGAAGAAUACGAAGUCCGGGCAGCAGGGAAAGAGAAGCGCUGAGAUUCCGUUGAACGAGACGCCAGGGAACCCAUAUAGCAGGGCAACGGAGAACAAGGAGAUGGGCAGAUUGGCGGAAGCGAACAAGACUGUUGAACAGAUGAUUAAGGACGAAAAGGCACGUCUCGUUGAGCGUGAGAAGAAAUUGGCUGAGUUAAGAGAAAGUGAGGGUGUUCCGGCCAACACGAAGAAGAGAUAA